AGGUUUGUCCAGUUGGACUGUAAGUGUAUCCACACCAAUGCACAUUGAUUCAGCCAAAUUUGUAUAUGUAUUUUUUUUAGUAAUGCACAUAAAUGUUUAUUUUAUUGCUCUAUUACUUUGCUUAAGUAAAGAGAGCAUUGCUGUGGAUAAUAAGAUAUAUAGUGCAGAGCCCUCAAUCCGCAAUGUUGACAGUAAAAUUUCGGCUUACGUACAAAAUGCUCUCGCGGAAUACAAACCCUGCAGCGAAGAUGAGAUGGACUUAAAUUGCACCUGCCAUGAAGCGGUGAUCGAUCGCGAUCUGGCAUCCUUUGAAUCAACAGGUGUCACCCGACAGAUGAUCAAAAACUCCGAAAAGUAUGGCACAAGAUAUCAGAUCUAUGAAAAGAAACUGUACCGGGAUGAAAGCUGCAUGUUUCCAGCACGCUGUAGCGGCAUUGAACACUUUCUUCUUAAGCUGCUCAAUAUAUUGCCCAACAUGGAUCUGGUAGUGAACACGCGCGACUGGCCACAACUCAACACCGCUUGGGAUAACCUGGGACCUGUUUUCUCUUUCUCUAAGACCAAAGCCUACCGUGACAUAAUGUAUCCCGCUUGGACUUUUUGGGCUGGUGGACCAGCUACCAAGCUACAUCCAACGGGCAUUGGCCGCUGGGACUUAAUGCGUGAACAUUUAAAAAUAAGUGCAGCCAAUAUUCCGUGGAGCAAAAAACUGGAACUUGGAUUUUUCCGCGGUUCACGCACUUCAGAGGAACGUGAUAGUCUUAUAUUGCUGUCGCGCCAAAAGCCUGAGUUAGUGGCCGCAGAAUACACAAAGAACCAGGCUUGGAAAUCGCCAAAGGAUACUCUAAAUGCCCCACCUGCGGAGGAAGUGUCCUUUGAGGACCAUUGCAAGUACAAAUACUUGUUCAAUUUUCGUGGCGUGGCAGCCAGCUUUCGACUGAAACAUCUGUUUCUGUGCAAGUCCCUGGUAUUUCACGUAGGAGACGAAUGGCAAGAGUUCUUCUAUGAUCAGUUGAAGCCAUGGGUCCAUUACAUUCCACUAGAUAGCUACCCCAGUCAGGAGCAAUACGAGAAUCUGAUAAUGUACUUCAAGCAAAAUGACGCUCUGGCUCAAGAAAUUGCGCAGCGAGGCUAUGAUUUUAUAUGGCAGCAUUUAAGGAUGCAGGAUGUGGAAUGCUAUUGGCGCAAACUACUUAUGCGCUACUCCAAACUGCUUAGGUACAAAGUGCAACGGGACAACAAGCUGAUCCCUAUAGGCAGCACAAAGAUUGAGUUGUAAUGUUAGUUAUUUAAAAUUUUCUAGUAUGUAAUUUAAAAUACAACCUAUUUUCUACCCUCUUUUGAAAA